ACUAGGCACACAUGCUAUACCAGACCGCCGAGGACUGCUGCGGUUGCAGCACGGGCAACAUUAACAGUCCCAGAUCAGCGGUUAAAAAAGGGGGAGGGAUGGCUUGAGAUGAAACAAAACAAAAAAAUCAAUCAAUAUCUGACUCUCGUUGCAAAUUGCUGCAGUGUUUCACAGGUGUAGUGUUUUCCAAAAAAAAAAAAAAAAGAAAGAAAGAAAGAAACGGAUUGACAAAGCGGGGCAACGGAGCCACAUGUCACAUGUGCUUCAUAGGAAGAAACGGGGCAUCUGCAAGCUGGAUCCGGAGGAGGAUGCUGCGGCAAGUGAUUCACAGAGGGCUAAAAGCUUCUUUCUACUGGCUGGGUUUAUUUGUUAGCAGGCAUCCGGUUUUUUUCCUCACCGUUCCCGCUGUCUUAACCAUCAUUUUCGGAUCUACCGUGCUGAGCAGAUUCAAGCCCGAAAGGGACCUCGAGAUACUGGUUGCACCGACCCACAGCCUCGCUAAAAUUGAACGGAGUCUGGCGAACAGUCUUUUCCCCAUCGACCAGUCAAAAAACAAGCUGUAUUCAGAUCUGCACACUCCCGGCAGAUAUGGCAGGUUGAUUCUGCUGGCAAAAUCCGGGGGAAACAUACUGGAACUGGCCGACCAGGUCCUGCAGGUCCACAAGAAGGUGCUGGAUUUGCGGGUUAAUUAUAAAGGGUUCAAUUACACUUUCGCACAUCUCUGUGUCAUGAGCUACCGGGAUAAGAGAUGUCUUUUGGAUGAUAUAAUUACAAUUUUCGAAGAUAUCCGCUUAGCUGUUCUCUCUAACAGCACUUUCUCAAAGGUACCAGUGAGCUAUCCAAAUACAACGUUAAAGGACGGAAGGGUCUCCUUCAUCGGCCACCAGCUGGGAGGGGUGAUACCGGCCCCCAACAGCCGCGACCAGCAGGUGAAGUCUGCGCGGGCCGUCCAGAUCACGUACUACCUCCACAACUACGACUCGCUCGCCCAGGAUGCCAUCGCCGAGCAGUGGGAGAGCGAGUUCUGCGCUCUGGCGCGGCAGCUGGCGUCCGCGUCCGCGGCUGGCGGCGGCGGCGGCGGUGCCGGGGACCUGUACGUCCAGUCGCUCACCUCGCUCAGCCUGUGGAGGGACUUCCACAGGACGGGCGUGCUGGCCCGCAGCGAGGUGCUGGUCAGCCUGGUGCUCGUCCUGCUGGCCGCCACCGUCUCCAGCUCCAUGAGGGACUGCCUGCGCGGGAAGCCCUUCCUGGGCCUGCUGGGCGUGCUCACCAUCUGCAUCGCCAACGUGACGGCUGCAGGGAUCUUUUUCAUCUCCGACGGAAAGUUUAACUCCACGCUGCUCGGGAUCCCCUUCUUCGCCAUGGGACAUGGAACAAAAGGAGUCUUUGAGCUUCUGGCGGGGUGGAGAAGAACCAGAGAAAACCUGCCGUUCAAAGAGAGGGUGGCCGACGCCUUUGCCGACGUGAUGGUGUGCUACACCAUGACCAGCUCCCUCUACAUCAUCACCUUCGGCAUGGGCGCCAGCCCUUUCACCAACAUAGAGUCGGUGAAGAUCUUCUGCCAGAGCAUGUGCGUGGCCAUCCUGGUGAACUAUUUCUACGUCUUCUCCUUCUACGGCUCCUGCCUGGUGUUCGCCGGGCAGCUGGAGCAGAACCGGUACCACAGCGUCUUCUGCUGCAAGAUACCGUCGGUGGAGUACCUGGACCGGCAGCCCACGUGGUUCAAGACCAUGAUGAGCGACGGUCACGACCUCUCCACCCACCACGACAGCAUCCCCUACCAGAACCACUUCAUCCAGCACUUCCUGCGGGAACACUACACCGAGUGGAUUACCAACACCUACGUCAAGCCCUUCGUGGUCAUCCUCUACCUGAUCUACGCUUCGUUUUCAUUCAUGGGAUGUUUACAAAUCAGCGACGGGUCGAACAUAGUCAACCUCCUGGCCAGCAACUCCCCGAGCGUCUCCUACGCUCUGACCCAGCAGAAGUACUUCAGCAACUACAGUCCGGUCAUCGGGUUCUACAUCUACGAACCCAUCGAGUACUGGAACGCCACGGUUCAAGAGCACCUGAAGACGCUGGGCCACGGGUUCAAUAAGAUCUCGUGGAUUGACAACUUCUUUCAGUAUCUGAAGGUGGUGAACGUGAGCGCGUCGACCAAAAGCGAAUUCAUAACCAUCCUCCAAACUUCUUUCUUAAGGAGCCCAGAGUACCAGCACUUCAAGGACGACAUCAUAUUUUACAAAAUGAGGGACGAGACGGAGAUCAUCGCGUCCCGGAUGUACCUGGUGGCCCGGACCACGGAGAAGACGCGAGAGGAGGUGGUGGAGCUCCUGGAGAGACUGAGACCGCUCUCUCUCAUCAACAGCAUCAAAUUCAUCGUCUUCAACCCCACCUUCGUCUUCAUGGAUCGGUAUAGCUCGUCGGUCAUCUCCCCCAUCCUCACCUCGGGCUUCAGCGUCCUGAUCGUCCUGAUCCUGACCUUCUUCCUGGUCAUCAACCCCCUGGGAAACUUCUGGCUGAUACUGACGGUCACCUCGGUGGAGCUGGGGGUCCUGGGCCUAAUGACGCUGUGGAAUGUCGACAUGGACAGCAUAUCUAUCCUGUGCCUUAUUUAUACCCUGAACUUUGCGAUGGAUCACUGUGCCCCACACCUUUACACUUUUGUACUCGCCACCGAGCACACCAGGACCCAGUGCAUAAAGAUCUCGCUGGAGGAGCACGGGGCGGCCAUUUUACAGAACACGUCCUGCUUUGUGAUCGGGAUGAUGCCCUUGGUGUUUGUGCCUUCCAACUUGACCUACUCACUGUUCAAGUGCUCCCUCCUCACCGCUGGCUGCACCGUGCUGCACUGCUUCGUCAUCUUGCCCGUGUUUCUCACCUUCUUCCCCCCUUCCAAAAAGAGGCACAAGAAAAAGAAACGGGCGAAACGGAAAGAGCGGGAAAGGGAGCGGGAACGAGAGAAGGAGAGGGAGCGCGAGAGGGAGCGGGAGGAGAUAGAGUGCAUCGAAGUCAGGGACAACCCUGAUCAUGUGACCAAUGUCUGAAAGGGCUGUGUGUAAAAGUGUGUAAAAGUGUGUGGAGCGUAUCCUCAAAGAAGAAAAACAAACAGGUGGCAGCAACAGGCAGUGCCUCUCUGGUCGAGGGGUGACAGAGCUGACCAAGCCACAGAUAGCUCAUACCCAAGGACAGGUACUCGAAAUCCCAACAAAAGCCAGCCAGUCUCACCAUCAGGGUGAAGAACUUUUCCAUAGUGCACUUUUCCCACUAUACAAUAUCUUUGUUUCCUCUUGUUUUCGUUUUAGACAUUAAUUCACGUGUUGCUGUGACCAUUUUGGGCUAAGGUCAAAACAAAUUGUUGCAGUUGCAUUUGUAUAGUUAUUUUUAAGUAGCAAACAAGAUCCUAGCAAGAAGCUCAAGCCAUAACAAUGGUUUAUGUAGCAUGUGUCAUAAAUCAUAUUUUUAUAUUCAUAUUCAUAUUAUAUUCAUAUUUAUUUAUAUUCAUAUCUAUUAUGUCCUAAAAUAAUGUUUUAAAUCAACUGCAGUAAAAGGUCCACCUUCGUGAAUUAUUCCAGUAGAGACCAUGAUGAGAGCCUGGCAGUAAAAAUAAGAAA